AAACUGCACACCCACACCCACGUCUAUUCCCACCACACCACGCUCUAGACCCUGACAGGUUUCCUGACCUGAAUAGUCGACAAAUUUAUAACGAUUAAAUCUUGUUUUGUGGGGCAGAGCCCGGCAUAUAUGUUGCAGAUUUUUUUGUUUUAUGCAGAAAACAAAAAAAUUUAUCGAAUAAGCAUAAUUUCAUCGAUAUUUGUGCUGAAGUUGCUUGAGACUUAUCAUAAAAAUAUUGUAGUUGAAUAAUACCAUGAAUAAAAAUACUCGUGAAACAAUACCAGGAGAUGGUUUACGAUCGUUGCGAAGCACCACGUUAUUUCGUGCCAUUAAUUUCGAGUUGUAUACCAAGCCGAACAAAACUGUUAUGAUUCUCGGUAUUUUGGCGAUAGUGGGUUGUUCAGGGUACAUAUUUUAUAUGAAUUUCAAUCAAAAGAGGAAUAAUUAUCGUACUAUAGUAAAAUCAGAUGAUACAGUAGUAUUGGUGAAAAAAGCAUCCAAAUGGACUGAUUAAAUAAAGUUAUAAUUAGGUAGGGACAACAGAAAUACAGACACAGGCUCAUGAAGAAGAGAACCUGAUAAAAAACUGACCAAAAAAAUCAAAUAAAAGUAUUUUAAAUAUAUUUUCCAAAGUUUAAAUUUCUCCACUGUGUUCUUAACCUUGAAUAUACACACCUUUCAUGAGGCAUGAAAUGUAUUUAGAAUCUUUGCUUUCUCUUUUCAACGACCAAAUGUAUAUUUAUCGUUUUAUGUACAGACAUCUUUGGAGAUUUUAAGCAACUCAAACAUAUUUAUAUGUUAGCUACAUUGAAAUCUGGAGUGGAUCGUCAUCAGUUUUGUCAUCACAAUGGUUGAGAAUAUGAUGUUAUAAUUUUUUUUUACUUGAUCGUAAAUAAACCAAAAUAUAUAGGAGAGAAUGGAAUAAGUCAAACCUAUACGCAGUUUUUGCUCUCUAUAAGGUCCAAAUAAAGUUGGUCAUAAAACCAAA